UGUACGCGGCACUUUUAAUUCGUGUCUGGGCUAGGGCGGAUCGCUUUGACGGGCGCGUUCUCCUUGCGAUCCAAACACACGCUCAUGCAGUGCCCUAUGAGUCAGUGACUAUACAAGGACACAGAGGGCAGCUGGAGCCUUUCGCUCACGCACAGAGGACGGCAAACACGUCACACGUGAAUCAAUCAGCCGAUGAAUCAGUGUCACAGGAAGUAUGGCACGACAGACCUCCAGGGCUGCGACGAUGUCGACUCCUGCACCUGCACACACGUGCACCACACAUCACGGUGAUCAUUCAUUGAUUCACUCAUUCACUCAUUGUGAAUCAGUCGAUUGAGAGAGUGGAUGGUUGGUGUGGCACCGACCUCUUUGAAGAUCUUGAGGUGUCUGUUGAGGUACUCAUCGAACUUGAGCACCGCGGCCACGUUCCCACACCUGACCACACGCCACGCACAUCGACCACACCGACCACAGUGACCACACACACACACUCUCAUCCAAGUUCACACCCGAACCACGCACCCACCUGUAGCAGUAGUUUGGCGCCGACCACACUGUGACGAGCGACUUGUCGGCGUAGUGGAACUUGAUGCCCUCCUGAACACACCAACACCACACACACGCACACCAUUGACCAUUGACCACAGAGAGGCGUGAAGUGACCCUCGUCGGGUUGGCUUGGGUUGGCUGGGUGCGUACCUGUACAAGCUGGUGUGCCCUCGCGAUCAGCUCAAGGUUGUUGUAGUGAUUAAACUGGCACGCAGACCAAUCAGCGUAUCAUUGUCCUCCGUGUAGGUCAGCCUCUCUCUCUCACCUCGCGGACAGCUUUGCUGCCAAAGAGCCACCCGGCACCUGUGGAGCCAGCCAGCGACACACACCAACACGCACGCAAAGAAGCUCAUUGAUUGAUGCUUCUGGGCUUGUGUGCCUCGCCCAAUCGCCCCGACCUCUUGGGUUCACUGCCCAGGUCUCGAUGUCAUCAGGAUCUGACCACACAAUGUCUGGAGAAGGACAGACACACACACACAUUGCGUGGCAUGGAUGGUGUGUCUGCGCAUCUGUUGGCCUGUCGUGCCUCCGAAAGGUCCGUCGUGUGGGAUCUCCUGGAUGCGAUUGAUGUCCCUCAGCUGGUCCACGUAGUGGACGUGAGGCGACAGGCCGCCAUGCACACAAAAGAUGCGGCCGUCGAUGAUCUGUAGCACACACAGAACACCACACCACAGCACAGACACUGCACGCAGGGCAAUCCUUGGUCCCAUGUGACGACGGACCGCUGCGAGAGUGAGGUAGUCGAAGAGGUCUGUGCAGUACUUCCAUGGGUUGGCGUUGCCGUACUUGCGCAUGCACUCGUCAUAAAAACCGUACACCUACAAGCCACGCACACAGAUAGACAGACAGACAGACAGACACAAGCAGAUAUUGUUGUGUUGUGUUGUGUUGCGCUGCCUGGCCUGCCUCUCCCCCCCUCGUUCUCUUUUCCCGGCACCUGUGUGAUCUGCCUGGUCUCGUGGUUGCCCCGCAGCAGCGUUAUGUGCUGGGGCCACCUGCAGGCAUCACACACCAAUUCACACACGGCCAUACGGAGACGAUUCCGCCCGGCGGCGAGGCAUCGUCCCACCUGAGUUUGAGCACCAGGAGCAGCUGCAGGGUCUCCACACUGUUGAACCCACGAUCCACAAAAUCACCCUGAACGAACGAGUGAUUCAGACAUCCAUCGACCUGUCUGUGUGGCUUGAGCGCCUCUGUCACCCAUCAUACCAUGAAAAUGUAAUUCUCGUCAGGCACCUCCCCUGCCACGUCAAAGAGCUCCAGCAGGUCAAAGUACUGGCCGUGGAUGUCACCGCAUAUCGUCACAGGCGUGUCCACAUGCUGCACAUUGCUCUCCUCAACCAAGAUCUCCUUCACCUGCACAUACACCAGAAAGAGAGCGGCCAUGGCCCAGUGCCUGCCUGCCUGCUGGUAGUGCCUGCCUGCUUGUGUGUACCUUCAUGCAGACGUAUUUGAGGUCCUUCUCGGUGAGGUAGCGUGGCGGGUUCUGCCUCAGCUGCUCAAUCCAUUGGUCCUCCCUCCUCGUCACGCCAUUCUCAUGGCCCAUCACGCACGCGCCACACGGACAGACACCCUCAGCCAGUCAGCAGAUAGUCCGAAUGCGGUGAGAACGAUGUACGCAAUAGCCGAUGGCCAACUCAAGCUGAUCUGCCUAGAGGAUGUCUACAGGCCUGUACGUGCGCCUCAGAAAGCCUUGUUUGCUUCUCUUUCAGCGUUG